AUGUCCCUCAGUUGGUACCCUUCAGGGGCCAAACAUGGAGAUUCCACAGGUCAGGCCUGGGAUGAAAUAUCAUAUCCCCCGCCUGAGACAGAAGGUCCCUCUUCUCCGGAACCGCCCAUGGCAAGAAUCCUUAAACAUGCCCCAGUCAGUACAGUCAAAACAGCCUUGAAGGCUCAAGAUAGCUUCCUCAGUCCAGAUCUUAACACGUUUAGUGAGAGUUUUACCCCUCCUCAGAGCCGUGCGAUGCGACGGUCACGGGAUGAGAUGGACACAGUUGUGGUCAGCCCCGCCCAGCGGGGGAAGAGGAAGAGCUUUAUAGCGCUGCACUGUCUGGAACAUCUAUUGGCUAUAAACGGAUCUCUGCCGGUUCUCUCCGACUACUCAGACGAUUUCCGUCCGUCAGUGAAAGCGCUUUUGGGAGAAAGAUACUCUGAAUUAUCUAUCGCUGUUGCCAAACUCCUCAGCCUCUACCUGUUUCCUCAGAUCAGCUGUACCUCUUCUUCACCAGUCCUCAGUGACAAAUUGCGUUAUCCGUCUUUCAUGCGUGUCAUUCCCAAUGAUGUCCACCAGACUGAAGCGCUGGUCAAGCUAAUGACCCAUUUUUCGUGGGACUGGGUCGGUGUGGUUUAUGGAGACGAUGACUACGGUAGAGCAGCUCACCAGAGUUUACUGGAAGAGGCCAAGGGAAAAGUAUGUUUCGCCUUUGAGAAGGAAGUAACGCACUACUUGGACCACGUGGAUGUUGAUAAGCAAGUCAAAGAUGCUGUUGACACUAUACGAGCUUCAUCCGCACAGGUUGUGCUUCUUAUUUUAAAGCCACAGCUGGUGGAAAAGAUCUUUAAAUGGAUGAUUCAAACCAACACAAGCAGAAUCUGGAUUGCGAGUGACUCCUGGUCAAUGUUCGGUCCAUUAACAAAGAUGCCAGACAUAAAUAAAGUGGGUGAUGUUUUUGGCUUUUCCUUUACCAUGGGAAAUAUACCAGGGUUUGAAGAUUACUUGAAAAAUCUCAGGCCAACACCAGGGGCAAGAAAUGACUUUAUUGAAGAGUACAAAGAGUUGCGACUGAACUGCUCCAUCUCACCUCUGAACUGCAGUGUAGAUGAAUUGCUGGGUGUGGUGGACCUGAGAGAGGUUUACAGUCAGAGAGUGGCGAUAUAUGCGGUAGCUCAUGGUCUCAAAAAAAUUCUUAAAUGUAACGAGACCGCCUGCAACGGCGAUAUCAACUUUCCACCUUGGCAGCUGGUGGAAAGUAUUCGUAGUGUGAAUUUUACACUUGAUGGCACUACACAUUACUUUGAUGAGAACGGGGACUUUACGGAUGGUUAUGACCUCAUAUGGUGGAAGAAAACUGAUGUUGGUCGAAUUAUUGAAGUUGUUGGAAAAUUUCUCUUAGAAAAAGGACAAGUGGAGCUACUGAAUGAAUUCCAGGAGUUAACUGUGAGUUCUGUCCAGUUUAAAUGCCUAGAGUCCUGCCGGCCAGGCAGCAGUAAGAGCGUGACAAACAAUUCCUGCUGCAUCAGCUGCAUUGUUUGUACUGAAGGAACUUACACUGAUAAAUACGAUGAAAGCAGUUGUCAUAAUUGUCCAGAUGAUCAGCACUCACUAGAGAAUGCAACUGAAUGCAAACCAUUCGAUGAGAAGUAUCUCUUCUGGUGGGAAGCGUAUCCCAUAAUUCUCUUAGUGGCAACAGCAAUAGGCAUCAUUCUGGUGUUUACUUCAUUUAUCAUUUAUCUCACACACAGAGACACACCAGUAUUCCAAAUGGCCAAUCUCGAGCUAUCUUGUUUUAUGCUGCUGGGCCUGAUGGUUAGCUUCAUUAGUGUAAUCAUGUUUAUUGGCAGGCCAAACAAACCUCUGUGUCAGGCGCAGCAAGCCGUGUACGGCCUCGGUUUCACUUUGUGUGUUUCAAGCAUCCUGAUUAAAGCCUAUUACACCUUCCUGGAAUUCAUGCCCUUAAAUCAGAGCACAAAACAUCAUCUUAAAAAACUCUACAAGCCUUAUACGAAUUUGCUUGUGAUUACCACCGGUCAGGGAGUCAUCCUGUUGUUCUGGCUGAUUUUCGACUCUCCUGAUGUAAAGAGGGAGGGGCCUGGAAGUGGAAUGGUAAAGUAUGUCAUCUGUAAUGAUGGAUCUAUUGCAGGUUUUGCAGUCAUGCAUGGUUAUAUUGCUCUGUUGGCCUUCAUUUGUUUCUUUCUUGCCUUCAUGGUCAGAAGAGUCCCACAGGAUUUUAAUGACACGGGGCCCAUCAUCUUUAGCAUGUUGAUUCACCUGUUUGCCUGGCUUUGCUUUAUUCCCAUUUACAUUAAUAAGAACCAAACAGAACAGAAACACAUUGUUCAGGCUUCGGCCGUUCUGGCCUCCAGCUAUGGCAUAAUCCUCUGCCAUUUUGUCCCUAAAUGCUUCAUAGUCCUGUGGGAUUUGUCCGGGAACUCAAAUUCUUCCAGGAUGGGGAGGUCGAGUAGGCGUGUUGGACACCACACAGAAAGGGCAGACAUUGUGUUACCUGAACAAGGCCACAUUACUCCAACCUCAAGUAUAAUCACUCAUGGUGUGGGAGAGGAUUUAGCAUAAUCUGUGCAGUUAGUGAUACUACCACCAGCGUUGUACAUACUGUGGGAUUAUCAGAGGAGCAUAGAGACGGCACUAUAAACUCUAUACAGAACAGACAAAGACACACUAACAGAUACAUUUUCUACGUGGAUUGUCUUGCUUUUUGGUACCAAUUGAUAGAUUAACCUAUUAUCCACCAAAUGUUGUGAAUGUUCUUUAUUAUAUAAAGUUGUUCGUUAUUGUAAACCAUGUGUGUGUGUAAUAAUUUGCACAACCUUUGUAAUGUUAGGCAGAGGCUUUUUGUCAAAAGAGUCAUAUCUUAGUAACCAUUACUGUAGGUUUUCAGCUAAAGGUUUGAUUACAACGUGUGUUUCCUCUAGCAGUGCUUUUGUGAAUUGUUGUGAACCUUUUCAAAUAAAUUUUUGAAUUAUAUUGUUAUGAAUGAUGUAUAUAGUCAUAUUGUCGCUGCCCGAUAAAACUCACGUAUGUCCAAAACAGUUACUUUUCAGGAAGUGAAAAAACAGCAUAUUUCAAAAGUAGUUGAAUGUAGCGUUGUCAUACUUGGUACGGCAUCUUUACAUGUAACCAUAUUCUUGCCAGUGUAAUGAUAUAAUCCACAUUUGACCAAAAUUGAGUUUAAAUGGACAUACGUGCAUAUUUUACAGUAACUGUGGUCGAUACGCGUUCUUCCGAUCAUUAAUUAGAAUGGCCAAGUCGCGUUUCAUAUUGACAGAUGAAUACGCUCAGUUUAUUAAAUAGCCUACGUCUUAGUUUAUUAAAUAUGCUUAGUUUAUUUAAUAUUAAUUAUAAAUGUAUUAAAUGUGUCUUGCAAACUAUGAAGGGACAAUGAAUCAAUACACUGACAUGGUAAUGCUAGACAGAUACUUUGUUUGCACAGUCCUACCGUAAUUUUGUCACUUUUUUUACUAAACCCAAUCGUUGGACACUUGAAAUAUGUGGCACAAGUCACAUGGAGGUUUUUUAAUGCUUUUGCAUCUUUUUGAAUCUUGAAUGCUUCUUUAUAAAUCUGGUUUAAAAUUUUGGUUCCAAAAAACAAACAAUGUCAUUGAAAGUUUAAAUGACAUGAGAGCGAAAAAAUGACACAUUUUUGGGUAAACUAAC